AUGGUGCAAUGCGACGAGUGUGACGUGUGGUUCCACUACGAUUGCGUAAAUGUGGACGACAGUAUUCAGGACAAAGACUGGAACUGUAAUGGAUGCGUACGAUCAUUUCUUGAGAAAGAAAGAUGUUCAUUCAAUGAGCAAUUGAAGUGUCUCGAACAGCAGAAGAUGCAGUGGCAACAAGAGCAACAAAAACGUCUGGAACAGAACGAAGAACGGCAGUGUUCGCUUGAGCAGCGGCAGAAACAACAGGAAUUGCAGCAGCAAAGCGAAAAGCAGUUGAAUCAGUUGCAGACAAAUAGGUUGCAGUUGCAGCAGCACAGUAUGCCAACGGAAGGCGCUACAAAUGUUCCUAAUGAACAGGAUUCAUCGAACAAGCGAUUGGGCGCAACUCCAAAGCAACAGGGUCAAGGUCCGAAAUGUGUUGGUUCAGAACAGAUCGCAGAUGAUAAUCAGCGUAACAUGGAACCGUUAGCGAAUUCUACUGCAAAUAGAGCUACAAUCGACAAAGGUGACAAGGCAUCGUCGAAAGCGUCUAAGCGUUCAGCAAAACUUCGUGUGCAUCAGGUGAAAGCAUUGGAAGCAAGACAAGCGUUGGAGAAAAAGCAGCUCGAAGAGCGAUUGGCAUUAGAGAAGGAGAUGUUAGAGCUGGGUGAUUCUGAUGAGGAUACUAUCGGUGAACUAGAAAAAAUCGAGGAUUGGCUAGACAAAACCGAUAAAAUGGGAUUGGACAAACAGAAGUGCGUUGAUGAAACUCCCUUACCAGCAUACGAAAAAUAUGUGAGCGUUCCGGUCGUUACGACAAAUCAACAGCAGUUUCCUAGUGACGUUGAUCCAAUGGUGAACGUCAUUCAGCAACGUCCUUGUGGCAGCAUGGGAUUGCCGAUGACUGUUUCAAAUUCAACUCCACCGUUCAACAACUUUUUACCACCCUUCCCACUCUACACUACAGCAUCUCAACCGAUGUUAUCAGUACCAGCGCAUUCACAACCACAACCACUGUUGUAUCCGUUUGUAACCAAUUCAUAUGUCACAUUGCCUAACAACCAUGAUCUCCCAAUUGCCCAAAUGGUGUCAUCUACUCCACAUACAAGUGCAUUAAUGCAACCAGUAAACAGUGACACUGUACCGUUGAAUAGUGGCCAUUUAGCAGCCAGGCAGACUGUUAAAGAUCUACCCAAGUUUGGUGGAGAUCCAGAAGAUUGGCCACGGUUCAUAGCAGCGUAUGAAAGAACUUCCAGGAUGUGUGCAUUUCGGAACGACGAGCUACUCGAUCGACUGGAGAGGAGUCUAUAUGACAAAGCUCUAAGGAGAAAAGAGCAACUACAUUACUUGAUUUCAAUGAAUGGCUACAAAAAAAUGGUUGACGCAAUAAGCCAAGUGAGUAGACCACAAGUUGGAGUCAAACCUUUGAAGAUUGAGAAGAAAGGUCGAAAGGAAGACGCUUAUGUUCAUUUGCAUUCCACGCAAUCACCUGAGACUGUGAAUCGCAAAACAUGCUUAGCAUGUGCCUGCGAGUGCAGUAGUUUGGAGAAGUGUAGCAGUUUUCUGAAGAUGACGCCAAAAGCACGGUGGGCAUUGGUGAACGAGAAGAAAAUUUGUCGAAAAUGUUUGACUAAGCACUUCAAGACAUGUGAGAGGAAAAUAGCAUGUAAUCAGAACGGAUGUAGUUUUUUACAUCAUCGUUUGCUGCAUGAUGAUAGUAAGCAUAAUAAGCAAACGCCGAGUUCAAUGCAGUUUUCCUCGUGUAAUGCACAUCACAGUUCUCUUGGUGGAGUGCUCCUAAAAUACAUCAGAGUUAAAAUUCAUGGUAAGGGCCAUUCGAUCGAUACGUAUGCUUUUCUUGACGCUGGAUCAACUUCUACUCUGAUGGAACACAGUUUGUGGGAGGAAUUAAAUCUGGGUGGUGAAAAAACUCCGUUGUGUAUCACUUGGACUGGUGGUCAAGGAAGAUACGAAAAUAGUUCGGUUAAAUGUUCAGUUAACAUCUCAGGUUCUCAAAAUCCUACCAAGAGUUUCCAUCUCUCUAAGGUACACACUGUGCAAAACCUAGACCUUCCUGCUCAGUCAGUGUCGAUAUCAGAUCUAACGAAACACUACCAAUAUUUGUCUGGUCUUCCCAUCGAAUCUUAUAUUGGAGUGAAGCCUCGACUCCUGUUAGGUGUGGAUAACUCUAAAUUAGACUAUCCACUGGACUCCAGAGAAGGGAGCGAACAUCAGCCAACAGCAGUACUAACGCGAUUAGGCUGGCUGAUCUACGGACCAUGUUCUGUCACGACACAUACAGCGACCAGCAAAGAUAUAGCGUACAGCUACCACAUCUGCGAGUGUGAAGCGCUUCACUCAGCUGUUAAGAAUUAUUUUUCUCUUGAUAGUCUUAGCGUGAAACUAUCUGGAAAGUCAUUGAUGUCGAAGGAUGAUGAACGAGCACUGCAGAUACUGCAGUCCAAUACGGUGCUGAAAGGAAAAAGGUACGAAACAACUCUGCUAUGGCGCUUCGAUGAUGUCCAGCUGCCCGACAGUAAAGCCAUGGCCCUGAAACGUCAUAACUGUCUAGAUAAGCGCAUGGCUCGUGAGCCGGGAUUAGCUAAGGCGUUUCAAGAAAAAAUAAUGGAUUAUAAAAAGAAUGCAUAUAUUCGUGAACUUUCACCCCAAGAGGAAGCCAUGCACCAUGGACGUUCAUGGUACCUGCCAAUUUUUCCAGUUUUUAAUCCGAACAAACCCGGAAAGCUUCGGAUUGUUUGGGACGCGGCGGCGAAAGUAGGAGGCCUUUCACUUAAUUCUUUCCUACUAAAAGGGCCAGAUUUAGUUACUCCACUUCCUCAUGUACUCCAUCUUUUUCGAGAGUAUCGAAUAGCAGUCUCCGGGGAUGUUCGUGAAAUGUUCCAUCAACUAUUAAUGAACGACAACGAUCAACAUUGUUUGAAGUUUUUGUGUAACGACGGUAUCCCCGGACAAGACCCCAAGGUAUACAUGAUGCAGGUGAUGACGUUUGGUGCCAGCUGCGCUCCAAGCUGUGCACAAUUCGUCAAAAAUAUCAAUGCUGAACGCUUUAAAGACCAAUUUCCUGAAGCCGUGGAGGCGAUUAUCAAAGGAACGUAUGUUGACGAUAUGCUGUACAGUGUCGAAUCGGAUGAAGAUGCUGUUAAACUUGCACAGGAUGUUCGCUACAUUUAUGCUGAAGGGGGUUUCGAGAUUCGUGGAUGGCUGUCAAACUCGCCGAAGGUGGUGGAUGCCAUGGGUGAACACCAAACGUGCCAGAAGAAACUGAGUCACGCCGAAUAUUUAGGAACCGAGAAGGUCCUCGGUAUGUGGUGGGAUACGAUCCGCGACACCUUCACAUUCAAAACUCCAAAGCGAUACAGACAAGAGUUGCUGUCUGGACAGCAGAUUCCUACGAAAAGGGAAGUAUUACGAAUUCUGAUGUCCGUUUACGACCUAUUAGGAUUACUCGCAAACGUACUAAUGUAUGCGAAAGUCCUUCUCCAAGAUAUAUGGCGAAUAAACAUAGGAUGGGACGAACCGAUAUCCGCCGAACAAUUUGAAAAAUGGAUCAUGUGGCUUGAUGUACUAAAUAAAGUUGAAUCAGUUGCUGUUCCUCGAUGCUACCGUACGAUGACCACUUCGUCGAUAGAAACCAACGAAAUCCAACUACAUGUUUUUGUUGAUGCAAGCGAAAAUGGCUACGCAGCAGUUGCGUAUUUCCGUUAUGAAGAUGGUGAUACCAUAGAGUGUGCAUUUAUAACCGCGAAGACCCGAGUCGCUCCCCUGAAGUACGUUUCGAUUCCCCGGUUAGAACUGCAAGCGGCAGUGAUCGGAAUGCGUCUGGCGAAGAAUAUUGGCGAAACUCACCGAAUAUCGCCACGAAGACGUUUUUUCUGGUCAGAUUCGAGGGACGUGUUGUGCUGGUUACGGGCGGAUCAUAGAAGGUACAGUAAAUUUGUCGCAGCAAGAGUUGGCGAAAUUCUGGAAAACUCCAACAUAUCGGAGUGGCUCUGGGUGCCAACAAAAUUAAACGUCGCCGAUGAAGGGACAAAGUGGCAGAAAAUACCUGACUUAACGUCUACGAGUCGGUGGAUCAACGGACCUCAAUUUAUAUGGCAGCAACAGGAUACCUGGCCAGACCAGCCAAUGAAUCACGAAUCAACCGCAAAUGAGAUGAACUUGUCGAUAAACGUGCACGCUAUUCUGGAUCCUGUCAUCGAUUUCGCCAAAUACUCCAAUUGGCGGAAACUCGUUCGAAUUGUUGCAUACGUACUGCGAUUCCCUAUGAACAUUCGCAGUAGAUUACAGCACAGUACACAUAGAACUGGCGUCCUCAGUCAGUUGGAACUCACAGAAGCAGAGAAUUUUAUCUAUCGACAAGCACAACUGGAGGAAUUUAGUGAAGAAAUGUCAAUACUGAUGUGCUCCAGAAACAAUGCUGGAGUUGGAGGAGCCCGAAUUCCAAAAAGCAGUUCCCUCUACAAUCUAUCACCCUUCCUCGAUGCAAAUGGGGUGCUGCGCAUGCGUGGGCGAAUAGCUGGUUGUCAAUACAUCGAACCAUCGGCUGCUCAUACCAUCUUGCUGCCGAGGAGACACCCAGUUACAAUACUUGUCGUACAAUCUGUCCAUGAACGCUACCACCAUCUCAAUCAUGAAACAGUGGUCAACGAAUUGCGCCAGAAGUAUCGAAUUCCAAAGCUGCGCAGUGUAUGCUACAAGGUUCGUCAAGAUGUGCAAGAAUAA